GCUGCUGCCACUGCUACUGCCCUCCUUUUCCUUCCGUAUUACUCUCUUACCACCACCUUACAUCUCUCUACCUCUUUGCUUCGUCUAUCCACCCGGCUAGCUGAGUUGCGAGUUGCUUCCUAUAUCUUAUCCUGCUCCACCUACUAUGCAUUGGUGCAGCUCAUCGCUGGCCUGUCCUAAUCGCCUGACCUAGUCGCAGCUGGCUGUGCCUUAUCUUCUAUCUCUUCCUACCAUACUGCCGCCAUAGGUGUACUGCUACUGUCCUGGCUACUGUCCUGGCUACUGCUGCACUACUACUGCUUGCUACUAUUCCCAUACGAGCUAUCAAUAUCCUCCGACUAUACAGACAAACAAAGAGUGUGGACACAUGCAGACCAUGCCGCCUCGCACGUCGUUGACGACCUACUCCGUGUCCGAUGCCGCCAACGAGGUCGUCUGCCCGCUGACCAACAAUGACGGCUCCAAUUGUCGCAAGGCAUGCCUGGGGGAAAAACGAUACCGCUCGAUGCAAGAGCACAUUCGACGGGCGCACCCGAGCCACUACAUACCGAAGCUCCCCGCUACCGAGGAAAGCUUCCUGCUGAUGGUCAAUACCCCGCUGGACCAGCGCGCCCAUCUCCAGCCAGCUCAUCCCAGCUCCCCGAAGAAACACAGUGAUGCGAGUCCUCCCGUGACCCCCCGCACCAUCGAUGAUGCGCAUCCUGCAGCUGCUACGGCUGCCGUUGCCCUGGCCCAGCUGCACCACCAUCGCCUUGCCUCGGACUGGGAGUCGGAAAUGGACAUGCAUUCCGAUAACGAAAUCGGCAACCGCAUGCGCUCGUCGAUCGAGCUCCCCCCGUUGCGAGACCAUUUCAAGCAAGAGUCGCUGCCGCACUUCCAGUCGCCGCGACCUCGAGAACUGCUCCCGUCAAUUCUCGGCCAUUCGCCGCCAGGCAGGUCGUCAACGUUGCCGCCUUUGCAGCGGAACAAAAUCCAGCGGCCGCGCAAGUCGUCCAUUACCCAAAGCGCUCGCAAACCCAAGCAUGAGCGCACGCGCUCGAAGGAAUUCGGUCGACGGCCGAGUCUGAACGAUCGUAAGGCCUUGUCAGCCGAGCCGCAGACGGCAGCCUGGGUACAGGGGAAGCGAUGGGAAGAUCUGAUUGAGGCGGCGACUUCUGCGACUGAAGUAGAUGAAGACCGCGAUUUGACACCAGUCCCCCAUUCGCCGUCUGUUUCGACGCUGCUCAAUAGCUCGGCAUCUCUAUCAACAAAGAAUGUCAAUCGCAACUCGAUGCCGCCAUCCUUCCAACCCGCCGGCCUGGCCCCGAUGCACCGGUCGUUUCAAUCAUCGUCGUACGCUGCCUCGCCUCUGCAAAAGGCGCUCACCCCGCCUCCACUGGACAUGCUCCGUAGCCGCGACAGCGAUUUAGAGCCAUUUCCUUCGAUCGAGUCUUCGCUUGAUUCCGCCUCGACAGUGUCGGGGAAGAACUUUCACAUGUCCGCUAGUGGACUACCAGGGAACGCAGACUCGAGUCCGAUCAACCACCUGCAGAACCAUGCACGGCCGCAUCAUCGGUUCUCCAACCCCACGCCAUCGUCUUUUCGCCAUCGCGAUAUCCAGAUCUACUGCGCCAAUUGCAACCGGUUGUGGCCGCUGCAGGAAUGCUUUGCUUGUACGGAAUGUAUUUGUGGCGUGUGCCGCGAAUGCGUGGGGAUGUUUAUUAGUAGCCCGAUGUCGCGGCCGACGAGCAGUCCGAACAAAGGGCCGACGAGCAUGCCUGUCCAGACUAUCCAGAACUAUGCGGCUCCGCGGGGGUGUCCUCGAUGUCGGACUGUGGGGGGGAAAUGGAAGGCGUUCCAGCUGGACUUUCGUUAGCCAUUAAUCACGUAUAAGGCAAUUCACGAGUCACGAUUUACAUUACAUUUCGACAUUUCUAUCUACUACUACUUACUACAACUACAUACUAUAUGCGCAGCUUACUGAGAUAUAGCUGUUAAUAGCGUUCUUGAGAAGCUGGUCUUCUCUUCACUCACUGUCAUCUAUCUGUUAUUUUUAUUAUUUGGGUGUAAGGUAGGCUGGAGUUAUCUUUAUCUUUUAUCAAUCAAAUCAAAUCAAAUCAAUCAAUCGUACACUAUAUAGAUAGUAGUAUGCGAGAUCUUUGGGUACUCAUCCUAAUCUAGUUCGCGCGGCUGCCGCCGUAAGGAGAGGCACAUCAAGGCUAGAUGUAGUAAGUCUCAUCGUUGUGUUUUUUCAUAAUUAGAUACAUGAGAA